AUGGGCUGGACCGUGUGCAAUGCGACCGAAGAACAUGCAAAGAUCGUCGAGGAGGAUCUUUGGGAUGGCGGUAUUUCCUUUCACCAGUUGAGUCUGAUCGUUGGUGGCGUAUGUGCCCUGCUCGCUUGCGCGAUCUCGAUUUUCUUGAUCAUGGGCCAUGCCAUGCAUUACAGUAAACCCAUCGAACAGCGACACAUCAUCCGGAUCCUAUGGAUGGUACCCAUCUACUCCCUUGUCGCGUGGCUCAGCAUCCUUUUCUACAACGAUUCGGUUUAUUUCGAGGUCAUCGGAAACUGCUACGAGGCUUUCUGUAUCGCCGCCUUUUUCUCCUUGAUGUGUCAUUAUAUUGCGCCGGAUGUGCACAGUCAGAAGGAUUAUUUCCGUGGGAUCCAGCCCAAAGCCUGGCUUUGGCCCUUGAGCUGGUUUCAAAAAUGGAAGUGCUGUGGCGCUCAGCGCGGUGCCUGGCGGAACCCUCGCAGCGGCCUUACAUGGUUUAAUGUCGUUUGGGUCGGCGUCUAUCAAUACUGUGUUAUUCGCGUUUUGAUGACCAUUGUGGCUGUCGCUACGCAAGCAGGCGGUAGAUACUGCGAGGAGUCACUAAGCCCAGCUUUCGCGCAUGUCUGGGUUAUCGCCAUCGAAUCCGUCUCGGUUACAAUAGCAAUGUACUGCUUGAUUCAGUUUUACUACCAAAUAAAGGAUGAUAUCAAGCAGUAUCAGCCGUUUUUGAAGAUUCUCUCUAUCAAAUUGGUCAUUUUCUUGUCUUUCUGGCAAUCAACUCUCAUCAGUCUGCUUGUCUCGGCAGGGGCUCUCUCUGCAACCAAAAAGAUAGCGAUGACGGAUCUCAAGUACGGCCUGCCUGAUCUUCUGAUCAACAUCGAGAUGUUUAUUUUCUCAAUUCUCCACCUGUGGGCCUUCAGUUGGAAGUACUAUGCCACAUAUAGCCCAGGCACCGAAAUCACUGAUUUCUAUGGCAAUGGCAAGUCUUCCUACCAAGGCGGAAAAUGGGGCCUCGAAGCGCUAGUCGAUGCGAUGAAUCCCCUCGAUCUCAUUAAGGCCAUUGGUCGUAGCGCCCGCUGGCUGUUUGUGGGUCGGAAGAACCGUACGCUGGACCCCAGCUAUCGGGUAAACCAUGAGACUAUUGGAUUACAGCCUUCCGAAUCUGGGACUAUCAGCGCCGGAGGGACCGCCUACCAAGGUGCCAGUCCAACCAUUUCUGGUGUCCAAGGCGGGCGCUAUGGUGGGGGCGAGGAAGGUGAGGUCCUUCUGGCUCACGCGCAGCCGAAUCCGUCUUCUACAAGUGUGCCGGGCACUUCCCCUUGGGAUGAUGACAAUGAUGAUUACCUGAAUGGGCAGCCAGCACGCUAUUACGGUCAUACGGGAACCUCUCCCUAUGAUGAUAUCGAGCACCAGAAUACUGGAUACCAGUCCAAUGAGGCUUCAGAGCAUCAUCACUCCUACCCUGUUGACGGGCCCCUUCGCGAGCAGGCUCCGAUGCCAAUGCCAGAGCCGUAUCAACCCCCACCACCCUACCCUGAGAGUCCGCACCAUUCAUGA